CUCCACAUAUCACAUUGAAAUCUCUUCUUCUCAUAGCUACUGACAGCCAUGGCUUUGAGUAGUAGUUUUAAUGCCAUUGUUUCUGUUUUCUUGUGUGCUGUUGCAUUGUCCAUCGUCGCCGUUUCUGGACGCCCGGCGACUUUUCUUGAGGAUUUUCGGGUCACGUGGGCCGAUAGCCAUGUCAGGCAACUCGAUGGUGGCAGAGGAAUUCAACUUGUUCUCGACCAAUUUUCUGGAUGUGGAUUUGCUUCAAAACGCCAAUACUUGUUCGGAAAAGUGAGCAUGAAGAUUAAACUCGUCCCCGGGGACUCUGCUGGAACAGUCACCGCAUUUUACAUGAACUCGGACACAGACACAAUACGUGACGAAUUGGACUUCGAAUUCUUGGGGAAUAGGAGUGGUCAGCCAUACACAGUUCAAACCAACAUCUACGCCCACGGAAAAGGCGACCGAGAGCAAAGAGUCAACCUUUGGUUCGACCCUGCCGCUGAUUUCCACACCUAUUCAAUCAUGUGGUCCCAUAAGUUAAUCAUAUUUGCGGUGGAUGAUAAUCCCAUAAGGGUUUACAAGAACAACGAAGCAAAAGGGAUCCCAUUUCCAAAGCAACAGCCGAUGGGAGUGUAUUCGACACUGUGGGAAGCCGAUGACUGGGCAACGAGAGGUGGUUUGGAGAAGAUUGAUUGGAAGAAAGCCCCAUUCUACGCUUACUACAAGGAUUUUGACAUCGAAGGGUGCCCAGUGCCGGGGCCAGCCAACUGUGCUUCGAACCCAAACAACUGGUGGGAAGGGCCAGCGUACCAAGCCCUGAGCCCGGCGCAAGCCAAGAGCUACCAAUGGGUCCGAGCCAACCAUAUGAUCUAUGACUAUUGCACCGACAAAUCUCGUUACCCUCAAACCCCACCGGAGUGUGCUGCGGAGAAUCUUUGAAUAUUUUCCUGGUGGAAUUUAUAAUAUAUUUACAGUCAUACGUUUUUUUUUUUUUUUUUUUUAAACUUUGGCAUGCUACAUGUGAUGGUGGUGAUGAAGCUGGCCAUGCAAAACCAAGGGUGUCUUUGUCUUUCGGCUUUUUUACUUUUGGAUGAUGCCUGAUAUAGGCUGUCCACGAAAAUAUAUGCAUCUCUCUAUAUGUUAUAUAUUGCACAUCUAAUGAAGUUAAUGAUUUGAUUCUGAAA